CACACACACACACACACACACACACACACACACACACACACAUAAACACACACGCGCGCACACACACACACACACACACACACACGCGGCUCUGUCCAGCCAGCACAAGGCUCGGACUUACAGCUCCUGGGUAUUUUCACUUGUACUAAAAAGUAACAAAAACUAAACAAACACAGACCCGAGUGCUAAAAACUUUCGACUGACGCAACCAAAAACUAAAAAAACAACUUUUUUAUGUCGGUUUGUUCGUUAGAGGAUUUAUUUUGGGUCCAAGUGUAGUUUGUAGGUGGAUUUAUCCUUUUUUUUUUUGGAAGACUUGAACUUUGAAGACUGAAAGUUGGAGGAAAAAAGCCGACUCGUGAUGGACGCGCUGUCACUCAGGUUACUCGUUGUUGUGGCUUUGACCUCAGCCACUGUGGCUGGCGAAAUUAAUAAAGAAGACUUCUUGAAGAGCAGACUGAAGGAGUAUGGCCUGGUCACACCUGUCAGCACUGACUCAGGUGGACACUUCUUGUCACACCUCCUCUCAGCAAAUCACAAGCAGCGUGUCAAGCGCAACGUGCCCAAUGCCACAGAGCCAGCAGGUGAGAAACUCUUCUUCAAUGUCACUGCUUUUGGCAAGGAGUUUCAUCUGCGGCUCUGGCCCAACAGCAGGCUAGUGGCACCUAACGGCAUGCUAGAGUGGCACGACGAGAUUUUGGUGUCUACCAAUGGCACCACGAAUGAGACACGCACAGACAGGAUUCUGAGGAAAGAGUUGAUUAAGACGAACUGCAAUUUUAUUGGGGACAUCACCGACAUGCCUGGAGGAUCAGUUGCUAUUAACAACUGUGAUGGUCUGGCUGGCAUGAUCCGAACCAACACUGAUGAAUACUUCAUCGAGCCUCUGGAGCGUGGCAUGCAGCAGCAAGAGGAAAACGGACGAACGCACGUGGUGUAUAAAAGAUCCGCUCUGCUGCAAACACCUUCAGACAUCUCAGAGGACUACAAACACCCUGUGCCAGAACUCAGUGUCCCUGGGGCACUCGACAACAUCGCCAAACAAGUGAACCACACAUCCAGGAGACGCAGGCACGCCGGAGACGAUGACUACAACAUCGAGGUGCUUCUUGGCGUCGACGACUCUGUGGUGCGCUUUCAUGGAAAGGAGCAUGUACAGAACUACCUUCUCACUCUCAUGAACAUUGUGAAUGAGAUAUACCAUGACGAGUCACUAGGCGUGCACAUCAAUGUUGUUCUUGUGAGGAUGAUCAUGCUUGGCUAUGCAAAGUCCAUUAGCCUUAUUGAACGUGGGAACCCAUCGCGGAGCUUGGAGAACGUGUGCCGCUGGGCUUUCGGACAGCAGAAAGACGAUCCAGAACACUCCGAGCACCAUGACCAUGCCAUCUUCCUCACACGCCAGGGCUUUGGCCCUACUGGCAUGCAAGGCUAUGCUCCUGUCACUGGGAUGUGCCAUCCAGUUCGCAGCUGCACCCUCAACCAUGAGGACGGGUUCUCCUCCGCCUUCGUAGUGGCCCACGAGACUGGACACGUGCUGGGAAUGGAGCAUGAUGGACAGGGCAAUCGUUGUGGUGAUGAGACCACCAUGGGGAGCGUCAUGGCCCCUCUGGUGCAAGCAGCUUUCCAUCGCUAUCACUGGUCCAUGUGCAGUGGACAAGAGCUGAAGAGAUACAUCCAUUCUUAUGACUGCUUACUAGAUGAUCCAUUCAAGCAUGACUGGCCACAGCUCCCAGAACUUCCUGGCAUCAAUUACUCUAUGGAUGAGCAGUGUCGCUUCGAUUUUGGUGUUGGAUACAAAAUAUGCACAUCAUUCCGUACAUUCGAUCCUUGCAAACAGCUUUGGUGCAGCCAUCCAGACAACCCUUAUUUUUGCAAGACUAAAAAGGGACCACCACUGGAUGGCACUGAAUGUGCUCCCGGCAAGUGGUGCUACAAAGGUCACUGCAUGUGGAAAAAUGGUAACCAGGUGAAGCAGGACGGAGCUUGGGGAUUGUGGACCAAGUAUGGUACAUGUUCACGCUCUUGUGGGACAGGCGUGCGCUUCAGGACACGCCAGUGCAACAACCCAGCUCCAUCAAAUGGUGGACAAGACUGCCCAGGGGUCAACUAUGAGUUCCAGCUGUGCAACACAGAUGACUGCCCCAAGCAAUUUGAGGACUUUAGAGCCCAGCAGUGUCAACUACGCAACUCCCACUUUGAGUACCAGAACACCAAACACCACUGGCUCCCAUAUGAGCACCCAGAUGCCAGCAAGAGAUGUCACCUGUACUGCCAGUCGAAGGAGACGAGCGACGUGGCAUACAUGAAGCAGUUGGUGCAUGAUGGCACACGAUGUUCCUACAAGGAUCGCUACAGCAUCUGCGUACGGGGGGAAUGUGUGAAAGUGGGAUGUGAUAAAGAGAUUGGUUCUGACAAGGAGGAAGAUAGGUGCGGAGUUUGUGGGGGUGACAAUUCACACUGCAGAACUGUGAAAGGAACCUUUACCCGAACCCCUAAAAAAGCAGGGAAGACAAGAGGAAUCUUUUUGCUGCCCAAAGGAGCGAGGCAUGUGUAUCUAAAUGAGAGUGAGGACUCUAGAAAUGUAAUUGGUUACCUAAAGAUGUUCGUCAUCCCCCCUGGGGCUAGACAUGUGCUCAUUCAAGAACAUGAGGCUUCCCCUCACUUUCUUGCGGUCAAGAACCAGGAAACAGGACACUACAUCCUGAACGGUAAAGGAGACGAGGUGAGGUCACGCAGCUUCAUUGACCUGGGAGUCGAAUGGGAUUAUGUCAUUGAAGAGGAUGCUGAGACUCUUCAUACAGAUGGACCAUUACAUGAUGCAGUUGAUGUUCUGAUUAUACCAAAAGACAAUGAGACAAGAUCAUCACUGAUGUAUAAAUACAUCAUCCAUGAAGACUCGGUCCCAAUAAACAACAACAACGUCAUUCAGGAAGACACAUACGAGUGGGCUUUAAAGAGUUGGUCCCAGUGUUCACGACCUUGUGCUGAAGGAAACCAGUACACAAAAUAUGGAUGUCGCAAAAAGGGGGACAAUAAGAUGGUGCACAAAAGCUACUGUGACAAUAGUAAGAAGCCCAAACCCAUCCGCAGGAAAUGUAAUCUCCAUCCCUGCACACAACCACAGUGGAUAGCUGAGGAAUGGGAACAUUGCUCCAAGACAUGUGGAAAUCUGGGUUACCAAAUCCGCACUGUACGCUGCAUUCAUUUCCUGCAAGAGGGCACGAACCGCUCCAUCCACAGCAAGUACUGCAGUGGAGAGAAACCAGAGACCAGACGUCCCUGCAACAGAGUACCAUGUCCUGCCCAUUGGAGGAUUGGAGCCUGGUCUGAGUGCUCAGUGACCUGUGGUGAGGGAGUGGCAAGCCGCCAGGUCAAAUGCCGCAUCGGUGAUCAGUGCGCCGGCGAGAAACCAGAGUCACAGAGGCCAUGCCGCCCAGGACCCUGUAACGAUGAGCCUUGUAGAGGAGACAAGUCCAUAUUCUGCCAGAUGGAGGUCCUUGCUCGGUACUGUUCUAUCCCAGGUUACAGUAAACUGUGCUGUGAAUCAUGCAGCAAGCGCGGUGGCACACUCUCUUUGCUGACUGAAGCUGCCGAGGUCGAGGAGGAGGUGCGAUUUGGCUCAGCCUCACAAUUACUCGAGACUCUCUCAGCCUCUGUCAAUCAAACCCUUAAUCUACCCCUUGAAAAACCCAACCAACCCAGUGGCCCGGGCAAGCAAACCUCCACCGGUGCAGCUCUCAAACCAAACACUGAGAGCAAAACUCCAAAACGUCUGGUGCAGGCUACUAAACCCAGCACUAGAAACCUCCCCUUCAUGAUGGCCUACAAGCAGCGCGAUAACUUCGCUAGAGCUACAUCACAACACACGGAUAGCCUCCUAGAUAUUUCCAAGGUUGAAAGAUGAAGGCUAGGAUUAACAGCUUUUUUUUUUACAUUCCUGGACUUUGUGUAGAUAUAAAUAGCUUUAUUCUUUGUCUUCAUUCAUAUCAUUCCUAUAAGAGGUUUAGGGAAGUAAAGUGCUGGUUCACUUUUUGGUUUCUUUGUCAUUCCCCCAAGUGGUUACUCAGAAUCACACUAGACAUCUAUACGUUUUUUUUGUUUGUUUGUUUGUUUGUUUUUUCUUUUUUUGGGUACGAGGCACCAAAGAUGUUUCAAAAUUAGUCAGACGCCCCUUUUCAGCAACCUCCAAGGUUUUGCACAUUUAGCUCAUGUGAUCGAGAUGCCAGUGAUCAGAAAUGCUUGUAGAUUUGUAGAAUUUCAGAAUCAAGCACAAAGGGUUUGUUUAAUGAAUCUAUAUUUAUGAAUGUUCCUGUAAAUACUGUAUGUGUAAUAGUCAGUAUUAUUUUUUACUAAAAACAUGGUGCAAAUGUUUUAAUGUAAGAUUUAAGCAUAUGGGUAAAAUGACAGCAGCUAAAGAUCUUUCCCUAUUUUUAGUUAUUCCCUGUCUAAACUCCUAAACCUUAUAAAGCCAUUACUCACCAAACGUAGCAAGAAAUGCAUGUAAUCCUAUUUCUUUUGUGUGCAAUCACAUCAGUGAUUAACGUCAAAGCUAUGUAUUAACAACCAUUUUCUCAAAUUUCUUUCCUUAUCUCUUGUACUGUAUUCAAUUCUUAAGCUAAAUGUGUAUUUCACCAGCAAGAGAGCUAAGUGUAGAGACAGAUUUAUAUGUCAGAACCCAGUGGGGCUGAAAAAAAGUGCUGUUUGUCACAUGCCAGCACAGAGCAUAGAGUGUGAAAGCCUAUAUUUUGAGUGCACCGAGGUAGGAUUAAUACAGAAUUAAUUAACGAAAAGCACAGUGUGUAAGGUGGUGCGCUUUCGCCUGCAAGAUGUCAAGGGAAAGAUGUUUAUUUUUAAACAAGGGUAAUUUCUCAACCACAAUGCAUCUGACUGCAAUAGCAAAGAACUCCACUGUACGUACUGUAUCAUUGGAGUCCAAACAUAUAAAAUCCAUUCACACACGCUUGCUUGUGUGCUACUGUAUAGGUAUUGUAUAUAGAAUUAAGAACUUUAGAGUAUUUAUUGACUUCCUUGUCUGUUUUUUUAUGUCCAUCAUCUCUUAUUUCACUAGCAGGUAAGACUCUUCAGUCACAAGGAAAAAAACAGUUUUAAGUUAGUAGUGAGAAAGCUCUUGUCCAGCUGUUUUAGAAUAGCAUGUAGUGUAAAAGCCCAACACGACUGUCAGCGGCUUCUAAAGUAGUAGACGAAUCUGUCCUUACAGUCAAUUAGUGAAUCUGAGUCAUGAAAAGGUUUAAUCCAAGACAAACAUGGAAAAUGUUGGUGUUGUAGAUAUGUUUUAUAGAAACGAAAAACUAUUGUAACAUUCUUGAAACUUAAUUUUUGAAAUCUUUUCAAUGUAAUUCCAUUGAAUUGCUGCCUUUGACAACUUUGCUGCUAAUGCUAUGCAAAGCUUUUAAUUUUCCUCAAAGCCAAAGUAGAUUAGUAUUUGUAGUUUUUUUAUUGACAAUCCCUGAGCCUCAGACAGAUCCGCUGUAUAUGAAAAAACAUUUGUAUAUCCCCAGUCCUGACUUUGCAUGUAAGUAUUAAUUAAUGUUCUGACACUCAAUGUCGGUUUCUUACAUCUUACCAUCUGUUUAUUUGUCCUUUUUUUGUUUUAAUGGAAGUGUACACUACUGAUGCUGUUUGUUGUAAUGGGGAGCACAUAGCAAUAAAGAACAUAGUAAAUAUU